CUGAAGACCGAUCCCAAAACUUAAUUUCAAAUACUUCUAUCUCUCCCGAGCAAAAUCAUGUAAGCGGAAAAGAAAAAUGCCAAGAAAUUACUGUCACGAAACGUGACGAUUGGCAAAAAAACUUUUCGAAUCUUAAUAUAGAAACUAAAAAACAUUUAUCACAGGAAAAACCAGGGAGCGAGUCUCCAAACUAUAACAUUUAUGCGUCUGAAGAGCCUGAUGAAAUCAAGCCCACUAAAAGUCAAUAUAUAGAGCAAGGAUUAACAAAAGAAUUGCGAAGUAGUAAAGUCAUUGUCUCACCGGUUUCCUCUGAGAUUACAGAGCAUCAAUCAUUUCAAGUUACAACGCAAAGAUUAGUCUUAGAAGUGCCAAAAACUGUCACGAAUCGUGAUGAUCAGACUAAUGCAGAGGUAGAUCAUGCAAAUGUACCGUCUAAUCUGACCCAUGAUCGUGCUUAUUUUCGUAAUAAAAUAUUAGGUCGAUACCCUGAUAUAUAUAGAGAAUUUAGCAGUGAAAAAUUUGAUUAUUAUGGAAUCAUUGAUAAGUCAUUAUGUCCAGCAUGCAAGCUGAGUCACAAAGAUGAGAAAAGUAUAAAAGGUAGAUAUGGAGUCAGAUCUUAUUUUAUUAAAUGUGGAAAGCAUGAAAUCGAGAUAACAGCAUAA